AAUAUCAAAAACAACAUUAAAUUAAAAAUGAAAAUUCUCUAACAACAACAACAGGAUUAUACACCAAGAAAAAUCUUGACAAUUUUAAAGAAAAAUGGAUAUCAAUCAAUAAAACAAAUGAUAAAUCUAUAAUGCUAUACAACGAUUGAAAAGACAAAAAUUUCCUGACAAGCAAACAGCGGCCAAGCAGUCGAAAUUAUUGGUCAACAAUGAAAACGUGGUGCUUUGAGCCACUAUAUAAAAGUAAUCUAUAGAUAUGAUAUGAUAUUACAAGGACUGUGCGUAAAGUUAUGGUGCUCAACAUGUGGUUGCCAUUUGGCAUGGCAAUGGCCAGUUUUUUGUGAUGGUCAUUUGUAGCAGUGGUGACAUACUGUUGAAUUGUUGGGAGAAAAAUUUAAUUAAUGUCACUGUUGAAUUAAUAUUAUGCCAAAAUGCAAGUUUCAAAGAAAUCGCCAUUUGUUGUCAGUCUUAAUCUUUUUAACGAUAAAUUACGAUGGAUUGAUCAACAUUUUCUACGAUCAGUAACACAUUUCAUUGAAUUGACUCAAUUUGUUCACCAAAAACCUAAAAGUGAUGGAUUCAUUUUUACGACCAUGCACAAAAAAACCUAUGCAUAUGGAUUAACUGUAUGUCGUUGGUUAUCAUUGAAAUAUAAAUUCGAUGAACCACAAGAAAUCCAAAUGUUGACUAGAAAAUCUUUUAAAAAAGUGGUAUAUGGUUCAAAUAUGGUUGUCCUAUUGACCGAAAAUUAUGGCCAAAUUUACUUGGCUGGUGAUAGUUCAUAUUGGCCAAAACCAGCCUCGGCAUCAUCAUCGAAUACGACAUUGCGAUUAUUAUCGGAAACCAAACGUUUCACAGAUAUUGCUUGUGGUCAUUCACAUGUACUUUGUCUGGAAGAUAAUGGACAUUUAUAUGCCAUUGGUUGGAAUUAUUAUGGCCAAUGUACAUCGGAGAAAGAUUAUGAUUAUGAAAAUCUUAUUGAUACUGGCUUGACAAAUGUUAAAGCCAUCGCAUGUGGUUGGUUUCAUUCAUUGGCUAUCGUCGAUGGUGGUAAAUUAUAUGGAUGGGGACAAAAUAAAUAUGGACAACUAGAUGCUCUAAUCGGAAGGAAAUUUUUCAGGCCAGUACUGAUGAAAAAGGGUCUGAGUCUGCAUGAAAACAUAUUUACAGCCAUUACGGCUGGUGAUGGUCAUACAUUUGCUAUUAGAUCCGAUCGAUCAAUAUUUGGUUGGGGAACAAAAUACUAUGAUUUCAUGCAAAAGACGUAUGGUAGAGGAGGAAUAUGUGAUAAAAAUAAAUUUCUCAAAAUUCAAUCGAUAAUGGAUUAUGGUACCAGACAAUUGCUUUCAAUUCCAUCUUCAAAUAUAACCCUUCAUUUGAAUGAGAAAUAUUCACAAUUUCAUAUUUACGGAUCAUUUGAUUCGAAUGAACCAUGGACACGAAAAGCUGGUCCACGUGCAACUAUGGAUGCAGUUAUCCGAGAAUUCUCUCAAACACCAUUUACAUUUGGUUGGUCUGUGAAUCCAAUAAGAUUUACCAUUCAUCAUUAUCAUCAUAUAUUGACUGAAUCAAUUGUCAAUACAUUCGAUCGUCAGGAUUUGGAAUUGAAUGAUUUACGAUUUGAAUUUCCUGAAGAAAAAUCAGGCAAAUACAUCCAUGUCCAACGUUCGUAUUUACGAUUGGUAUCUCCAUAUUUUGAACGCAUGUUAUCCACUGUAUGGAAUGGAAAGAAUGCAGUGAAGAUUACCACCAUAUCGUAUGAUAUAUUCUUUCAAUAUAUUCGUCUUUUAUAUUUCGGCCAAAUUCAUAUUGACAAUACAAAUGUGGAAUCAUUUUUGGAUUUAGCACAAUGUUUUCUGGAUGAUAAAUUGAUGCGUCUAUGUAAACAUCAUGUAUACAUGAAUCGUUGUCAAUUGAAAUUGAAUAGUGAUGAACAAUUGGAAGAAUUUUUCCAACAUUUUAACAUUGAUCAAAUUAUCGAUGCUGAUAAUUGAUAAUUGAUAAUUGAACAUUGAUCCAAUUAUGAAUUUGGACCAUUUUAUUUAUUUUAUUAACCAAUAAACUUUUUGAAA